GCAGGUCCGCUGGAACUUUUGAAGCUCGGGCUUGGCCAGCAGCCGCAUCCCUGCAGAAAAGGUACCAGCGAACAUGCGGCCAAACAAGCACACCGCAACCCCACUAGACACUCACUCUGUGCCGCAUUAGCCCUUCCGCAUCCGUCGCAUACUUUGUAUACAUCAUCUACACAUCAUCGCUCAGCCGGACAGGUAACGUUUCACCAGCGACCAAGCUCCGCAGCACCUCCGCAAUGGCGAGCGCGCGUCGGACCUCCAACUUCCCCACACGCGUCCCCGGAGGCCACGACCGGCCGGGCAGCAGAGACACGGACAAGGAGGAGAUAUGGAAGCCCAUGCUCGACAACAUCUCGAGUGGAAAGCGACUGCCAGAAAAGAGUCUACUUGUCCUGGGCGGAACUCCAGAAACACAGCGAGAGUUCCUCGAAUCGGUGUCCACAGACUCUGCAAACAACAGGCGACCGCCAGACCGGGGCAGGAAGCCGCCCAUCGCCAACCAAUUCGCCCUGGGCUACACGUACCAAGAUGUACUGGACACGGAUCACGAGGACACUCUUGCGCGCCUCUCGCUCUAUCUCCUCGCCAAUCCAUCGCCGUCGUUCACGCCCUUGAUCAAGCCGUACCUCAACCCACGAACCCUCCCGCACAUGCUUAUCGUUAUACUCCUCGACUGGAACCACCCAUGGUUGUGGAUAAGACAACUGCGCGACUGGAUCAGAGUACUGCGAUCACUUAUUGUCUCGCUUGAUGACAACUCCAAGGUAGCUCUGGAGGAGAACAUCCAAACCCUGCAAGACAAGGGGCGCAACAUCCCAACCGAAGGCAGCAGCAUGGAGAAUGUGAAGAUACCACUAGGCCCGGGAGAGUGGGAUGAGCCACUCGGCAUACCGCUGUGUGUAGUAUGCCAGAACGCGGACAAGAUCGAGACUCUUGAGAAGGAGCGGGGCUGGAAAGAGGAGGAAUUUGACUUCAUACUCCAGUACAUGCGCACUAUCCUUCUCAAACACGGCUCAAGCUUGGUAUAUACCAUGCCGACGGCGCCGGGAUCCUUGCGAACACUUAUUCAUUCCACGCUCGGCAUCAAGUCCCUGCUGAAACAAGAGCAACUUAGGCACAAUGUGACGGAUCGCGAUCGCGUACUGGUUCCACCCAACUGGGACUCAUGGGCCAAGAUUCGUAUAUUACGAGAGGGCUUUGAUGUAGAGGGCAUCAGCGAGAAAUGGAGUGUUGACAUCGACAUUCCCCAGCACAUGCGGCCGACCAACGGCCAAGUGGCUGCACCCGGCGACGGAGAAGCCCAGCCAAACGGCGAAGACACACAGGUUGCGCCAGCGGAAGAGGAAGAGGAAGGUCCAUCGGCGACCUCAAUCUACGAAGAGACGAUUCGCAACCCAGAGUCAGACUACGCACUUUCCAGCUUAUCGAAACAAGCCAACGGGCUCGAAGUGUCAAGCAAGGAUCCACAAGCCUUCCUUACCGAUCAAGUCAACGUCCUUGAGCAUCUGCGGCGGGAAGAUGAGAAUGAGGCUGCCAUCAAGGCUGCGCGCAAAGAACAAGACCCAUCAACAUCCAGGACCUACACCGACGAGCAGUCGGGAGUUGUCGAAGAGCAUAUUGGACCUGUACAAUUCAACAUGGGUGGAAUCCAAGUCAAUGCCGAUGAGAUGGUCAAGAGGCUACAGGACCGUCAAGCCAACCGUUCAGACGAGCCCGAAACACCACCUCCCAAAUCGCAGGAUACCAACAUCAACGACAACGAGAAGCUGAGAUCCUUCUUCUCCAGUCUGGUCAACAAGGCGCCCUCGGGCAGUCCAAGGGGUGGUUCGUAGUCUGAGUCUUGUUUCUUUACAGGCAUUUUCCACUUUCUCAGGCAUAUGCAUUCCGUACAACUUUAUUCGACGCUCUCGAUAGCAAAGGCUUUCUUACAGGUUCACGGUCGUCAUUAGCAUGGCUUUAUACCCACAGUGUAUUUCCGUACCCAAUACAAGCUUUCACGUUCCAUCAUGCCGUUCCUAGAUCACGUAUUCUAGUUUUGUUACU